CGUGAUCGGGCUUCCGUUUUUAUCACCAUUGGUCCGCUAUUCCAAUUUAUUACCAUAAUAGUGGAUAGACCAGGAGCUUAUGCUUGGCCUCCUUCGUUUUCCCAAUCAUUGAAUAACACUUUCCCAACCAUUGAAUAGCGCCCCAUGAACGAUGGAAAUCAUUACCGACCUGCAAUCUCCCCAAAUCCCUCCGCAGAUACUCAACCGUCGGAUUGGGCAUACAUUGCCGAAGGAGGCGCCCAUAUUGUUUUCUCAUAUCAGGGUCGAUCUAAAACGUAUGCUACAAGAGCACUGCGUGUCCGAAAACCUUCGGCAACCACAGAGCCGUUAGCUCAAGCAGAAGAAAAUGACUUGUUUGGCCAAUGGCGACGGAACAUACUGCCUAAAUUGCUUCCCCGGCAAUUGUUGACUACGUCUAGGGAAGUGAUCUUGGAGGAUAGGUGGUACAAGGAGUUGCUUGCUAUGGUUGAUGUUGUUAGGCCAGACCAAAGGAAAUCGGGCAUAGACUUCGCAGCGAAAGGGGAUCGGAGAGGGGUGCUCUUGGAGGAUUUGACGUCUAGUGAAGAUGACGGAGCUAUUGCAGUAGCCAUCGAGAUUAAACCGAAAUGGGGGUUUCUGCCAUGUACUGAGCAUUUACAUCCGCCAGAGUCAGUUUCUAUCAAAUCUCAUGUUUCUCGGUUUCGCCUACACCAACAUUUUCGAGGUUGCUCAGAUGACCCUCCUUAUGACCCUCUCGAUUUAUUUUCAGGGGACAAAAUGAGGAUGCGCACCGCGCUCGAUGGUCUCUGGACAAUGUGGGAAAUUUCACGUGGGAAAGUCAAUAAUUGGAAGGUGUUCGUCGGCGGCAAAGAAAUCAGCCCUGAUGAUUUACAAAACGGUUUACUGCCUAUAGGAGGAGACGAUUUUGUCACUAAAAUAACCCAGCUAACACUUGACACUCUGCAAACAUCAUUUGCUCUCCCGCUACUCAAAAAUCUUCAGCAAAAUUUGGAUCCGAUUGACAUCUCCUCCCUUGCUGCCCUGUUCCAGGCGGAAUAUCCCAACUCUCCUCCAUUCGACCCCGAUCUGAUCCCUGACGUCUCUGCUGUAGAGCUAAACGGCUUCGUGGACAUCUACAUCUCCGAUCCUCAGGCUGGUCAAAGAAUGGAUAGCUGGAGCUUGCGUGAGAGAAUCAUCGCUUAUGCCCUCUCAGCCAUUUUCAAAGAUUGUUCGUUAUUUAUCAGGGGUUUCUUAAAGCAUGCCGAGGACGGGGUUUGGCGGUUGGUAUCAGGAAGCGACUCGGUAAAAGUCAUUGAUCUUGAUCUGAAGCCCAUCAAGAACAUCCAAAAAUGGGCGGAAACGGAUGAAAAGGUGUGGAAGUACUGGCUAGAAACCAAAGGGGCCAGGUGAAGGAUAUGUAAACAUCAGGAUUAUGUCUAGCGCAUGAUUCAUACCACCAAUACUCAAGGGUACGUAUCGUGUAGGGUACUACUACCAGCAGAAAAACAAGGAAAGAGAAUAAUGCAGUACUUUUAUAUUAUGACCUAUGUACAAGCGCUGCUGUCGUUGGUACUAGUUGCGCAUCAUAGGCGGUCUCUACAAGUACUGUGCAAGUAUAGCGCGACCCCACGAAGGAUAGUCAGCACCACGACGUAUCACUAGCACUACUAGAUUUAACCACCCGAGCCUUUUGGUGGAGGCCCUCCGUCACAUUACAUAUAACAGGAUAACUUGUACUGGCAGCGCAGGAGAGUAGAAACGGGAGGAAGAGCAAGGAGAUCGCGGAAGAAAAGGAAUAGAUAAGUUAAAGAUAUGAGGGGCGAUGGAAGCAGUGACAAAUAAAUGGGGGGGGAACAAAGGGGGCUGCAGGAAAAGGAUGGGGGCAGGGGUAUGUAAUGAUAGUCGCCGAUGUGGGAGCAAAGGAGGAGGAGGCAGUAGCAACAUCAGGAACUAAUAAAUACGGACGAUCGAGCUAUAAUAAUGACAAACAAGCAACAAUGUUCGUUUGUGUAGUCAACGAAGAUGGCGAGUCUUCCUGCGUGCCUUGUGCUGCAGCUGGCGGCUGUAAGAUCACUGCUGCUGUUGCUGCUGAUUGCUGAUAACUACGUACGUACGGCACUGCUGCGGCAGGCAAGUAACUAUAUUAAUUACAAGAAAUUAAUAUUC